ACCACAGUCUGCAUCGACUAACUUUGCGAAAUGGACGCGACUUCCCAAGAUUUUCCGUCAGUCUCGGGUACGCAACAAACCCCAAUCUCCAUCCUCCUCAUCAACCCAAACUCUUCUCCUCACAUCACCAAUGCCUGCCUCCAAAACGUCUCAAGCAAGCUGCCUCCAGGAGUAACCGUCUACGGCUUCACCGCGCCCCCACCAGCCCCAAGCGCUAUCGAAGGCCGUGUUGACGGCAUUCUCUCCUCGGCCGAGUGCCUGCGCAAAAUCGUGCCCAUCAAACACCGCUUCGACGCCUUCCUCGUCGCGUGUUUCAGCAACCAUCCGCUCAUCACGGCCCUACGCGAGGAAGUCGACGCACCCGUGCUCGGCAUCAUGGAAUCGGCCCUCUACGCGUCCCGCAUGUGCGGGAACAAGCUCGGCGUCAUCACCACCAGCGAGCGCUCCGAGAUCUUGCACGCGCAGACCAUCUUCGACGCCGGGUUCGCCAACUACUCGGCAGGCUGCGCGGCGUGCAAGAUCUCUGUCCUCGAUCUGGAAAAUAAGCCCAGAGUGGAGGUCUUUGCGAGCGUGACGCGCGCGGCCAAGGAGCUUGUUGAGCAGAGGAAGGCGGAUUGUUUGCUACUUGGCUGCGCAGGCAUGACGGGCGCGAAAGAGGCCUGUGAAGACGCCGUCGGCACAAAGCAGAGGCAGGUCAUGGUCGUGGAUGGCGUGGCGGUUGGCGUGCAGUUUCUGAUUGGCUUGGUGAGGGAGGGACUGGGGACGGCAAAAGGUGGGGCGUAUCGGCCGGCCGAGGCAGGGCGCAAGGCAAGGGGCCAAGCGUGGUAUUGA